GCCAGAACUCCCUUACAUCUCCCCGUUUAAACGAGAGAACGUUCGUCCUUAAAAAAGAUCUAAGACAGUUGCGAUUGUCACCUGUUCGCGCUUGAUAAUUUUGCGUUGUGAGACUGUCAGUGAGUUAACCGUUAAGAAGUUUCGGGAGAAGGAUUUUCAUCUCAGGCGCCGAAACUUCAUCUGAUAAUCAUAUUUGAUUCCGAAGUAAACACGUAGAAAAAGAGAUGGAAUCCACCAGCAGUAAUUUGCCAGACGAAGUGGGUCCUCCGGAAGUAGUCAUAAUUCAAGGGAUGCGCCUGGAAAACGGAUACGCGAAGCGGAAAAACCUCGACAUAAUUUGCAAUUUGGAGAAUGCGAAAAUCGCGGCACGCCAUUAAACAAUGAUAUCCAGCUUGAAGAAGCGUUUGGGCGAAUUAAGUCUGGAAAACAAUAACAUGUCCCGUUCCGGCGCUGAAGAUGUCGCCGUUAACAACAACAACAACGAGACAAAUUUGAAUAAGUUCACCAAAGAGAAAUCGUUACUAUGUAUGCCGCUAAACGUCGUCGAACUAAAUCGAAUUUUAAGUGGCAAUUCUCAGGACGAGAAUCGAUUCGUAAGCUCUUCCUUGUCUACCGACAAUAAAAGGUUAAUUACACCAGUAAUUAGAAACGAGAAUGCCAACUCGACGAAAUUAUGUAAAAAUGCGGAAACGCGCGAGUCGAAAAUAGAGCAAAAGUCGCUUAUAAAUAGGGUAUCGGUGAGCGAAGCGACUGCAAGUAAACGUCCUUUAAAGAGCAGGAAUUCCUUCCAUCAGGAUGUCAACGAAGCUCUAAAUUCCUUACUGUGGCAGCCCUACGAAUAUCAAAAUAAGCAAGUAAGCGACGAGAGCUGUUCAGUUAGUUCGUACAGUUCCUGCUGUAGUUUGUCCUCCCUCGACCUUGAAAGAAGGCCAAACAAUGGGCUAAUACAAUCCCCAAGAAGUGGCAACAAAGCAGACCUACAUCUUACCAUUGAGAUGGUUAAUAACCUAACGUGCUAUGGAAACCAGCUUAGCCAAUGUAAAGAAGGGAAAGGAACACGUGACUGGCUCGCAACGAGUUCACCAACAAAGUUGUUGACGAACGUCAGUGCAUGCGAGCAGGCUGCCGAGAAAGUGUCGGUAAAAAGCUACCGUAGCAACUGUAAUGAGUUUGCAUCUUCCUCCGAAACUAUGCGCGUCGAAAUUUCUAAUUCCCUAACCGAUCCGUCGACGUCCGCGUUUAAUCCGCCCGACGGCCGUUCCGCGAUGAGUUCCGUCGUGAAUGUCAAUCAAAAUGUAACAGGUAGUAGUGAUAGCAUCUCGAAGAGUACCGGCGGUGCAAUUCGUCUGUUACCAAAUCAUGGAUACCAGCGAAGCAUUUCUUCUGAUAUGAUACCAUCUAAUUUAAAUUCAAUUGUUAGUGCGAAUGUAGUCGGUUUACCUAACCAUCCUCGACAUGCUUCGGUGCCAUCCAGUACGACACAAAAUAGAAAUUCAACAGGAAGUGGUUUCAUAUUUCCAAAUCAUCCGCGUAACGCCUCUGAGCCAAGCGCGAUGAUACAACAACCGGUGGUCAUCAACCAUUCACGAAACGGUUCCACCCCAUCGACUUUUAUGCCAAACAACCCCGCGCGUAACGCCGCCCCCGCAACGAAUUCGCGUUCACACGUCACCGUCAAUCAAAAUUCGAACAUCAGCUGCGCCAAUAUCGUUUCGAUUCUAAGCCAUCAUCGGCACAGUUCACACGUGAACAGUGCCGAACUGCCAACGCUUGGUGGAAACAUACUGAGAGCAGCUUCGGUACCCAAACCCGACAGUACAAAUUUGACCAUUGCCCAAACUCGGAUACCCUCAAAUGUUAGUGCAGUGGAUGUUAAUUUUUAUCGGGCGGUGCCCGUUACGGUUGUCUCGAACGUUCCCUCAAUUCAGUGUGUCAAUAAUACAAGUGAAAUCGGUAACAACAUCUCUAACGUAAAUAUCGUUCAGGCCAUGCCACCCACAACCCUUUCUUUAACACCUCCCCGCAUUUUACCGAGCCGCCCUCAUAGUGGCGUAACAGGUACCACGCAAGUGACGGUGCACAACAGCCAAACGGAUGAUCCUCCUCAAAGGGUUGCCGAAGAAACCCGCACGCGGACUUUUACCUCGACCGAAGCCCAGACGGACGACGCCAAUUCGGCGCUGGUACGAACAACCGCCACCGAUCGCGCUCUGACGCGCGAGCAGAGGCGAAGGGAACGGCGCGAAAGGCGCCACCUGCGAAGGGCGAACAAUUCGAAUCAUCCGCACCGAGCCGCCAACUGGAAUUCGGUGAACGGCGAUCGUCUACCCGACCUGUUGAAUAACCACAUGCCGCCGCCGUACUCGCCGAAUAACGCGAACAACGCGCCCGUCGCGACGAGUGGUCUGGUGCAUAAUUCGAUUAUACCGGGAAGUAUUGUGCCUAAUAAUGUUGUGCCUAGUGCUGUAGUGGCGAGCCACGUGGUUCCGUUUCAUUCACCUGUAGGACAAGUGCCGCUCGUACAGGGUGGUGGACCUGUUGCCGUGCCCGUACCGGCACCUUCUGGAUUUAGAUUUCCGUUUCCAACUGCUGGAUUUAGAAGGUAAGAUCGGUAUCAACUG